AAUAAUGGAGUAACGAGGGGCAAAUUAGAUGUUUUAGAUACAACGACGAUCACUAUAUAUACUGGUUACUUCACACUGAAUAUCAUAAGUCACUCUAGGCUACUGCUGAUUACUGGAUUUAACGGUAAGAAAACAAUGAAGUUUGUACUUGUGGUUUGCUGUUUGGUGGCAGCGGUGGUGGCCCGUCCCAGCGACAAAUACACUGACAAGUAUGACAAUCUGGACAUUCAAGAAAUCCUCGAAAACAAACGCCUGUUGGAAGCGUACGUUAAUUGUAUAUUGGAUAAGGGUAAAUGCACAGCUGAAGGAAAAGAAUUAAAAGAGCAUCUACAAGAGGCUAUUGAGACCGGCUGUGAAAAAUGCACUGAGGCUCAAGAAAAAGGUGCCUACAAAGCGAUCGAGUAUCUGAUUAAGAAUGAACUUGACAUUUGGCACAAACUGACUGACAGAUUCGACCCUUCAGGUAAAUGGAGGAAGAAGUACGAAGAUAGGGCAAAGGCAAACGGCGUCGUCAUCCCAGAGGAAUAAAUUAUUAAAAUAAUAUAUAUUACUCAUCUACAUCAUUAAUAUUACUCAGUAAUGGUUGCAUUAUGAAUUUAAACACAUUUAAUAUUUUAAAAUUUUUACUAAUGUAAAAAUUUUUAAAUUAAUAUUUCUAAAUUAAAGUUAUUUUUUUAUAUUAAA